AUGAGUCUUCCUUCCACAACAACUGAAGUGUCAACAGACACAAGUCCUCCUACCACAACAACCAAGCCCUCAACAGCCACAAGUCCUCCUACCACAACAACCAAGUCGUCAACAGUCACAAGUCUUCCACCACAACAACUGAAGAGUCAACAGCCACAAGUCUCCUACCACAACAACCAACUGACAGUCAACAGCCACAAGUCCUCCUACCACAACAACCAAGACAUCAACAGCCACAAGUCCUCCUACCACAACAACCAAGACGUCAACAGCCACAAGUCCUCCUACCACAACAACCAAGACUCGUCAACAGCCGCAAGUCCUCCUACCACAACAACCAAGACGUCAACAGCCACAAGUCCUCCUACCACAACAACCAAGACAUCAACAGCCACAAGUCCUCCUACCACAACAACCAAGACGUCAACAGCCACAAGUCCUCCUACCACAACAACCAAGACGUCAACAGCCGCAAGUCUUCCCACAACAACUGAAGUGUCAACAGGCACAAGUCCUCCUACCACAACAACCAAGACAUCAACAGCCACAAGUCCUCCUACCACAACAACCAAGACGUCAACAGCCACAAGUCCUCCUACCACAACAACCAAGACGUCAACAGCCACAAGUCCUCCUACCACAACAACCAAGACGUCAACAGCCACAAGUCCUCCUACCACAACAACCAAGACGUCAACAGCCACAAGUCCUCCUACCACAACAACCAAGACGUCAACAGCCACAAGUCCUCCUACCACAACAACCAAGUCGUCAACAGCCGCAAGUCUUCCCACAACAACUGAAGUGUCAACAGGCACAAGUCCUCCUACCACAACAACCAAGACAUCAACAGCCACAAGUCCUCCUAUUACAACAACCAAGAUGUCAGCAGUCACAAGUCUUCCCACAACAACUGAAGAGUCAAUAGCCGCAAGUCUUCCCACACCGACUGAAGUGUCAACAGGCACAAGCCCUCCUACCACAACAACCAAGACGUCAACAGCCACAAGCCCUCCUACCACAACAACCAAGACGUCAACAGCCACAAGUCCUCCUACCACAACAACCAAGAUGUCAACAGCCAUAAGUCUUCCCACAAUAACUGAAGCGUCAACAGCCACAAGUCUUCCCACAACAACUGAAGUGUCAACAGGCACAAGUCCUCCUACCAAAACAACCAAGACGUCAACAGCCACAAGUCCUCCUACCACAACAACCAAGAUGUCAACAACCAUAAGUCUUCCCACAAUAACUGAAGCGUCAACAGCCACAAGUCUUCCCACAACAACUGAAGUGUCAACAGGCACAAGUCCUCCUACCACAACAACCAAGACGUCAACAGCCACAAGUCCUCCUACCACAACAACCAAGAUGUCAACAACCAUAAGUCUUCCCACAAUAACUGAAGCGUCAACAGCCACAAGUCUUCCCACAACAACUGAAGUGUCAACAGGCACAAGUCCUCCUACCACAACAACCAAGAUGUCAACAGCCACAAGUCUUCCCACAACAACUGAAGAGUCAACAGCCACAAGUCCUCCUACCAUAACAACCAAAAUGUCGACAUUCACAGGAGGAUGUUUAACAUGGUCGACAUGGUAUAAUGAAAAUACGCCUACUCUUCAAAUGAGAUCAGACACUGAAUUAUUGAAUCAAAUGCCUAAGCCAUUAUGUCCGUACCCUGAUUAUAAUAUUACUGGUAUUCAAUGUGAAGCUGUCAAAUUUCCUCAGCGUCCAAUAAGUGAGAUGAAGGAUAAUGUGACAUGUGAUAAAGAGAUAGGUCUUGUUUGUACUUAUAAUCCAGAGACAUCUGAAGAUUUGAUGUGUUUGGACUACAGGAUUAGAGUUUGCUGUGGCCUUUAUACAUCAAGUCCCAGCAGUGCAGCACCCACAACAGUCAUGACCACGAACAACACAGUCCCACCAAUACCAAACACCACCUCCCUCCAAACAAUUGAACCAAGCUCCAUCACCUUGAUCCCAACCACCAACACUACCACCCUCCUGUCAACACAAGCUACCUCCACAGUAACCGCCUCCAUCUUGACUACAGUAAGUAACACCCUCCCAACUACACGGACCACCUCCACCCCACAAACAUGUGCAGCAGAUUCUACACCUACAUGUCAGAAGUCUUCAAUAAUUCUCAAUGAAAACGGCUGUGAGAAGUGGGAUUGUUAUUGCGAAUGUUUAAUUUGGGGAGAUCCUCAUUACCUCACAUUUGGUGGCACACAGUAUGAUUUCUUUGAGAACUGUACUUAUACCCUUGUGGAAGAACGGGUGCCAAGAUACAAUUUUUCCAUACUAGUCGAUAAUUAUUUUUGUUUUCCUGGCAUCGACUUAUCUUGUGCAAGAGGGCUGAUCAUCCUUUAUAAUGCAAGUUCUGUAAUUAUCCGGACUAAUGACAAGAGGCGUAUAACUUUUGAUGAUAAAAUUGUGACUGCUCCCUACAGUUCAAAUGGAAUUAACAUACAGUCAGAAAAUGAAAGAGUAUAUAUCACUAUUCCUGACAUCCUCGUGAACAUAAUGUCCUCUGGAGAUACCUUUCAAAUUAGAUUAUCACAAAAAUAUUUUCUGAAUAAUACUCAAGGACAGUGUGGCUCUUGCUUGGAUAAUGCAGUCGACGAAUGCAGGAGAAGGAGCGGGAAAAUAAUGCCCACAGACUGCUGCCACGUUACUGCAAAUGACUGGAAGGUUUCUGAUCCGAAUAAGCCAUACUGUGAAUCUGCUCCUAUGGGCUUGCCUUGCUCUCCUCCACCUUCCUCUCCACCUUGCAAACUAAAAUUCACACUUUGCAACAAACUUUUAGAAAAUCCAUUUGAAGAAUGCAGAAAUCUUAUUCCCCAGGAAGUUUACCAGUAUUACAACUCUUGCAUCUUUGACCAGUGCCGCACAAAUGUUACAAAAAUUGCCUGUUCCAGCUUACAAGCUUGUGCCCUGGCUUGUAAAAGCAUAGGCAUAUGUGUUGAUUGGAGAACAUUAACAAAUGGCUAUUGUGAAUACAGCUGCCCAGAUUGGUUGGUUUACGAGCCUUGUGCAAGUCAGGACAAUAAUGACUUUGAAAACAACAAGCUGACACGUAGCAUGAAAUUAUCCCCCCUGUCAGAAGGCUGCGUUUGUCCAAAAGGAAUGAUUCUUUCUGAAAACGGGACUGCAUGCAUUAAUUCGAGUUGCACAGACAGUUCAGGAAAUAGAAAAUAUGAAGGAGAAGUAUGGAGAGAGUCCCCUGAUGAAUGUAUCUUCCAGAAAUGCAUUAACUCUCAAACAAGAACAAUUUGGGAUAAAGGUCGCUGUUGCAACUCAUGUUUAUUGAAAGAAGAUGCUUGUCAGAUGUUGGUUUAUUCCAAAAGUGUCGCACAGGCAAAUUCAAGCUGCACAGCAGAAAUUCAGUUGGCAAAAUGUCAAGGUAGCUGCCCUGGAAAGGUUGAAUUUGACACUGAUACAAAAAGCAUGAUAAAAGAGUGUAGUUGUUGCCAAGCUACCAGGACUGAGAACAGGACAGUGAAUCUCGAUUGUGGAAAUGGAGUCAUCAUGCCUUACAACUAUACGUACAUAGCAGCUUGCAAGUGCGACAGUAACAACUGUGAUAAAAAUACACUAGCUUAAUUGAGCUCAAUUCCUACCAUCUGUUGAUCCUGAAAUAUAAAAUUGCAACCAAUUUGCAGUUAACUUUUGAUGAUUUUCUUGAUAUAGCUUUGGCUUUGGCUCUUUAAAGAAUAAGGUACUUUCACCUGAUUUUAUAAAGAAUUGUGGGAUCUAUGCAAUUAUUUUAAUAAGAUGAUACAUUACUGACAGUUACUAAAAUUAAUAAA